UUAACGAGUGUAUUAUUCUCUAACGUUGAAACUUCUUUUUCCAGUGGCAUCAACUUCUCUCUAUAAAUUUUGAUAUUUGUAGUGUAAUCUAGAAGAAGUCAUCAAGGAAGACGCAGAUGAAGAAGUUACGCCAUCUGCUGGGUUCUCACGCGCCGUCUCUCCUCGCCCUGUACUUUGUUUUAAUUAGUUUCCUCCUCCCGCUGGAGAUUGCUCGAGCUCAAGAUAACAGAAAUGCCACGACUGAUCCUUCCGAAGCAAGAGCUGUGAAUGCUAUGUUUCAGCGAUGGGGAAUUUCUGGAACAAAUCAACGAUGGAACAUUAGCGGCGAAUUAUGUAGUGGUGUUGCAAUCGAUACAACAGCAAUUGUGGAUAUCAAUCCGGGUAUCAAAUGUGAUUGCUCUUACAACAAUGGCACCACUUGCCGCAUUACUGCGCUGAGAGUUUAUGCAUUGGAUGUUGCAGGUCCAAUCCCGAAUGAGCUCUGGAAUUUGACUUUGCUUGAUGAUCUAGAUUUACGCCAAAAUUAUUUGACAGGUCCACUGCCUGCAUCUGUUGGAAAUCUCACUCGCAUGCAAUAUAUGAGUUUUGGAAUUAAUGCAUUAUCGGGGGUGGUUCCGAAGGAACUUGGGAAAUUGACAGACUUAAGAUCGUUGGCUUUCGGCACGAACAAUUUCUCUGGUCCUCUACCAUCUGAGCUUGGAAGUUUAACAAAACUAGAACAAAUUUACUUUCCCAGUGCUGGAGUUAGCGGUCCAAUACCCAGAACAUUUUCAAAUCUAACGAGUUUACAGAACAUGUGGGCCUUUGACAACGAACUUACUGGUCGGAUUCCUGACUUUAUUGGGAGUUGGUCAAAUCUUAUAUCCCUGAGGUUCCAAGGAAACUCCUUUCAGGGUCCAAUACCACCAUCGUUCUCCAAUUUAACCUCUUUGAAUGAUUUGAGAAUAAGUGAUCUAUCUAAUGGAAGCUCUACACUGGACUUUGCUGGAAGUAUGAAGUCGUUAUCCACCUUAAUUUUGCGGAAUAAUAACAUUUCAGGUUCUCUACCUUCCAAUUUUGGUGAAUACCAGAGUUUAACACUGCUGGAUUUGAGCUUCAACAGUUUGACAGAGCGCAUUCCAGAUUCUCUUUUCAAUUUGAGUUCAUUGUCUAACUUAUUUCUUGGUAAUAACAAGUUUACUGGGCCCCUGCCAGCGCAAAAGCAUACAUCACUCCAGAACAUAGAUUUAUCAUACAAUGGAUUAUCUGGGAGCUUACCAUCUUGGGUCAGCGGACCAAAUUUACAACUCAAUUUGGUUGCCAACAACUUUACCAUAGACAAUUCUAAUGGCAGUGCUCUGCCUUCAGGAUUGAAUUGCUUGCAGCGGAAUUUCCCCUGCAAUCGAGGAUCACCUAUCUAUUCCAGCUUUGCAAUCAAAUGUGGCGGUCGGCAAAUCAGGUCUUCAGAUCAGAUUGUAUAUGAGAUGGAUAAUGAGACUCUUGGUCCGGCAACACAUUACACAACCAGUACAAACAGAUGGGCAGUUAGCAACGUUGGUCUGCCUUCUAAUAGCAACAACCCACAAUACAAAAGCUCCUCUUCAUCCCAAUUCACUGCUACUUUGGACUCAGAGUUGUUUCAAACUGCACGAAUUUCUGCUGGAUCUUUGAGAUACUAUGGAUUGGGUCUUGAGAAUGGUAAUUACACUGUGAAACUUCAGUUCGCAGAAAUCGGAAUUCUUGGUCCUAUGAGGUGGAUGAGUCUUGGAAGGCGGGUUUUUGAUAUAUAUAUCCAGGGGAAGCUGGAGUUCAAAGACUUUAACAUAGUAAAAGAGGCUGAUGGGACCCCUUUGAGAGCUGUUGUGAAGGAAUUGAAAGUUCAAGUGUCUGAAAACUACCUUGAAAUCCAUUUCUUCUGGGCUGGAAAAGGGACUUGUUGUGUUCCUACUCAAGGUACAUAUGGGCCUUCAAUUUCGGCAAUAAGUGCCAGCCCAGAUUUCAUUCCCACUGUUAGAAACAGUCCUCCAAGUAAGAAGAAGAAUAGGACUGGUCUGAUUGUGGGGAUUGGAGUUGCAGUUGGAGCUGUAAGUAUUCUUUCUGUAUUUGUGACAUAUUAUUUGGCUCAGAGAAGAAACAGGAAGAGGAGCUAUGAGGAUGAAGCUUUCUUGGGGAUGGAUGCUAGACCAUACACUUACAGUUAUGUGGAGCUAAGAGCUGCAACAAAUGACUUCAAUCCUGCUAAUAAGCUUGGAGAGGGAGGAUUUGGACCUGUGUACAGGGGAACGCUUGAGGAUGGAAGAGUAGUUGCUGUUAAACAGUUGUCUAUUGCAUCCCAUCAAGGAAAGAGUCAGUUUGUUGCAGAGAUUGCCACUAUAUCAGCUGUGCAGCACCGUAACCUUGUGAAAUUGUAUGGAUGCUGCAUCGAGGGAGAUAAACGGUUGCUUGUUUAUGAGUAUCUCGAAAACAAGAGCCUUGAUCAAGUAUUAUUUGGUAGUAAUGAGAUAGCUUGUCUACAGCUUCAUAUUAAUUUCAAUAUACAGGAGACUGAAUCACUUUGCUUUGAUUUAGCAGGGAAUAGAACUUUAUCUCUUAAUUGGCCAAUACGCUUUGACAUAUGCUUGGGAGUCGCAAGAGGUCUUGCUUAUCUGCACGAGGAAUCACGACUUCGAAUUGUACACAGAGAUGUUAAAGCUAGCAACAUUCUGCUUGACUCUGAUCUAAACCCCAAAAUUUCAGAUUUUGGUUUGGCAAAAUUGUAUGAUGACAAAAAGACCCAUAUAAGUACCCGUGUUGCAGGAACAAUUGGGUAUCUUGCUCCGGAGUAUGCCAUGCGCGGGCACCUUACCGAGAAAGCUGACGUAUUUAGCUUUGGAGUUGUAGCCUUAGAAAUUGUCAGUGGAAGGCUGAAUUCUGACUCUAAUUUGGAAGAGGAUGAGGUGUAUCUUCUUGAAUGGGCUUGGAAUCUUCACGAGACAAACCAAGAAAUGGCACUUCUUGACAGAACACUAUCCGAAGUGAAGGAAGAUGAAGUGAAAAGAAUUAUAGGAGUGGCUCUUCUGUGCAGUCAAACGUCCCCCAAUUUGCGGCCUUCAAUGUCCCGUGUGGUGUCAAUGCUUUCUGGAGAUAUUGAGGUGCCCCCUGUCAGUUCGAAGCCAGGAUACCUGACUGACUGGAAAUUUAGAGAUGCAACAAUCUUUAUGUCAAAUAUGGAUAGUUCAACUUCAAGAACUGAUUUUAGUCAUGACAAUUCGUCAAAAAUAGGAAGCAGGGCAACAAAUCCAUCUUAUUCACCUAUCCUCGAUUCCAAACCCAUUCUUCAUGAGAUUAUUGCCGAGGGCAGGUGAUGAAUCAUAUUGUUCUAUCUUUAUGAGAGAGAGAGAGAGAUGACAUUGUGUGGUUUUUGUAUUCAUAGUUUAGUUUUUCCUGUACCUUUUUAUUUAAGUGAUGUUAUUUAGCCCUCAUCGGAGCUAUAACCCCAAUUUAUGUAGAGUUAAUUGACAUUAAAUGAUAAGUAAAAUUAAAUAAAUUA